AUGGAUGAAAAUAAUUCCAAUGACAAUGAGAACACCAAAAUGUGGACGCCCAGAAUUGAAACAAAAUUAAUAAAUAUGUUGAGAGAUGAUGUUAGAAGCAAUCAAACAACGGGUCGUACUACUUCGUGGACAAUUAGGCAUUGGAAUCAUUAUGCAAAUCAGUUGCACAACAUAUAUGGAUUUCGGUAUACAGGUGUCAAGGCUAGUAGAAGUGUGAAGAAGUUUAGGACAAAAGGGUUUGAAUAUUUUCAAGAAAUGGCAGAAAUUAUUGAAAAUUGUUGUGCCACAUGGGCCCUGUCUCAUGCAUCUACACAAAGACCCCUUGACUCAGAAGAAGAAGAUAACAUGUUAAAUAAAUUUUGGAACGCUGAUGUUGGUGGGAGUAACGCUGGUGGGAGUAAUGCUGCUGAGGCCAUUCUUGUUGAUUUAUUCGGGGAUGAGUAUAUGGAUCCAGCAAAGGGAAAAAGUCACAAGAGGGGCCCUGCAACCAGCCAGACUGACAAUGGUCGUUCCAAAAAGUCACGGUCAAAUGGGUUUGAUGAUGUGUGCGCAGCUUUCACAUCGUAUAUACAAGCCAAAACAGGACAUUCACGUGCACGAGAAAAUGAGACUGAGGCUGUAAGUGCAGGUGGUGAUAAUUAUUCCCUUGAUGCAUGUCAAGAUGCAUUGCUUGAGCUUGGGGACAUACCACCGUUGCAGUACGUUAGGGCACUAGCACUGUUCAAGGAUAAGGAAUGGCGAAGACAAAGACAUAUGUCAUCCGACAGAGAAAACAAUACAAUGGAGCUCUCAUCAGAGGAAGAUGAGGAUUGUGUCAGUGCUAUCGAUGGCACAUUGGUGGAUGCAUGGGUCCCUGCUUCAAGACAAAAUACAUUUUGCGGUCGGAAAGCAACGGUAUCGCAAAAUGUACUCGUAGCUUGCGACUUCGAUAUGUUGUUCACAUUUAUUAAUUCUGGAUGGGAAGGUAGCGCUCACGACAACGCUAUUCUGGUUGACUCUAUUACACGAGCUGAUCUACAGUUCCCACACCCACCUAAUGGUGACUGUCCCUGA